CCACUUCGCGCGUACACGUAGGCACAGGAACGGUGGAGAAAAAAAGCAACGGGGACGUUCUUUCUAGAGCCGUCGCGAGCGCGAACCCCCGAACCUUCUCCAAGCCUCCGUCUCCCCUCUUCUUCUUAGUUCUUAACACUCGCCGCCCGGCAUCGCCGCCGCAGAAUCCCCAGACUACAGACAACCAACCGCUCCCCUCGCCCUGCCCUGCUCUGGAUUGAUUGAUUAGCUCCGGGGACCUGCCCAUCGACGGUCGGUCGAGGGAUUCGUCGCUCGUGAAUCGGAUCGAUGGACGUGGACGCGGCGCCGGCGCUCAAGAGGAAGGGCGCGGACGCGCCGGAGCUUUGGGUGGACGACGACAUCGGCCCCGGGUUCCCCGUCGCCUCCCGCGCCACCAAGCUCCGCCGCCUGGACCCGGACGUGAUGCCUGUCGUGCCCGGCGCGGUCGUGCUGCCACCGGGGACGCAGCCGCCGGUGGCGGGCUUCGGGGUGGUGGAGGAGGCGCCGAUGUGCGGCGACGUGGCGGUGGUGCCGGUGGACGUGGCGCCGCCGGAGGUGGCGGCCAACGAGGAGAGGGCGAUCGUCUUGUACCGGCCCGCCGAGGCCGAGCGCAGGCUGCUGCUCGGUCCGCUCCGGCCCGGCGGCCAUCUCCGCGUCAGCCCGGAGUGGAUCCAAGCGCUCGAUGGUAUGAUGCUGCAAGAGGCGAGAAACCACCGCGCGCUGUUCGAGGGGCUUGCCGGAACCGAGACCUCCAACCUGGCCAUGGUCCCGUGGGCGCCGCCCCGCGCCGAGGGGGCGCCCACGGCCGCCGAGAUGAUGGAGGCCGAGGACGGCCAAGGCGCGUCCAUGGAGGUCGAGCAGGACAGGGCCGACCAGCAGCUCCCAAUGCCCCAGUGGCCGCAGCAGCCGCACUGCAUGGUACAGCAGCAGCCGAUCCCGGCGGCGAGCUUCCAGCCGAGCCCGGUGACGUGGUCAUGGUGAAGCACGCGUAGUCUUGGCGUAGGAGGGAGCAGAAUCCGUAGGUGCAGGUGUUGGUGUGCUUCCAUGGUGGUUUUGAUCAGCGCGAUGAUCUUCCUGCGCUUCGGCCUUCAGUGGCGGCGAACGAGCAGACAGGAUGGGAGGUGACGACGCCGUCCGUUUUUGCUGGAGUGGCACGGAGGCGUUCUCGUCUGUGGAUCCCAGCAGUACAAGAGACAGAGAGCCUCGUCUGCAAAUGCCCGUCGUCUUCCAUUUUGGUUUUGGACCAGCAGAGCAGAGGAGAAGAGAGGUUUAUGGCUGUAUCCAUGGCGAUUGCUUUUUUCAAUCGAGCCCCAAUGUUCCAAAAAAAAGAAGUUACACUGCCAAAAAAAGUAGAGUCUCCUAGCUCUGUGCAUUUCGCCUUACUCUUUUCCAAGUGCUCGAGAUAGAGGAUUUUCUAGUUCCAAUUUUGACGAGUAGUAUGACGUCAGGCAAUCUACGAAGAAAUUUACACCUCCUCCUUACUCGAGCUAGUAAGCUUCCGCUUAUGCCAA